AUGAUUGGAGUCUUGGAGGAGAAGAAGAGGUAUUCAUGUGGUGGACCAAGAAAUCCAAAAUGGCAUGGGAGUAUGUGUGUCAUCUUAAGGAGGAAGGAGGGUUGGGAGACCACUCGAAAAAUGAAAGCAGUUUAUAGUUUGCGGAAGGCUUUCUCUGGACAACCUCAGAGGCCUAGGGAUCAUGGAUGUGGCGGAAGUUGCUUAAAUUCCGAGACAGGAAUGUCUAGUUUACUCAGAACCUCUCUUCUUUACCUGCAACUUUUUGGCCCCGAUUUGAAGGAAAUGGAGCCGCUGUCUGAUCGAGAAGAGGUCGGUAAGAGCUCAAAAAUCCAGUCUCAAAACAUGCCAAAAUCUCAGCCUUUCUCUAAAGAAGAGAAAUCAGAUCAAAUCCUUGAAGCCAAGGACGAUACGUUCUGGGAGACUCAACCUGCUGGGCAGUUCAACGAUAUCGGAGACGCGAGUUUGCCUGAAGGCCCAAUCGAGCCCAGAACUCCGUUGUCUGAGGUCAAGCAAGAGCCGUACGGAAUUCUGAGGAUAGCUGGAAUGUUGGAGUCUGUGUCAAGGCCUCAAAGAUACUUGUUGGUUUCGUUACUUAGGGACUACCUUAGCCAGUUUGGAGUUGCGACUGAGUUUGAUGAAAUCGAUGUCGAGCACUGGUUUCUGCCAAUAAAAGAUGUCGUCCACAGUUACUUAGUAGAAAGUCCUGAAACUCAUGAGGUCACUGACUUCUGCAGCUUCUACAAUGUAACUUAUACUAUUGCUGGUAACCCGAAAUACACAACAGUGGAAUGUGCUUAUUCUUUCUACAAUGUUGCGACAAGUAUCUCGUUUCCUCAACUGAUGAAAGAUGCGCUUAUUGUCUCUAAGAAGAAAGGUUUCCAUGUGUUCUACGCGUUGGAUGUGUUGCACAAUGAGAGUUUCUUGAAAGAGUUGAAGUUUAAAGAAGGAGAUGGACAAAUGCACUACUAUCUCUAUAAUUACGGUUUGAGAAGUGCAUUGAAGCCAUCAGAACUUGGGCUUCUUCUCUAA